AGUCUCACUUGAGCCUCAUCAAACCAAACGGAUAAAGUUGCCAUCCAGACCAAGAGGCCCAAGACCUCCGGAGCUGGACGCUUUUGCUUCAACCUCCAAGCCGGCACAUGGCCGUCCUCGGCGGCGCAUUCGCUGGCUCCUUUGCCGCCACCGGCUUUAGAACCCAGUCGAUGAAACCACCAUUCAGAUUAGGGAUUUCUUGCAUCGGAUGGGAUCCGGAGGGUGUCCUCGGUCCGCCUCAGGGCGGCCACAUAGCGCGGCUGGAGUUCCGGCGGCGACUGGAGAAGGACGCCAAGGCGAGAGAAGAGUUCAGUCAUAUGGUGCGAGAGGAGAAGGAGCGUCAUCGAGCUCGCCGAGAGGCGCGGGUGCCACCGGAAACCAACGAAGGGCUCGUGGAGUACCUUCUUGACACUGAAGCCAGGGAAAUUGAAUUCGAAAUUGCGAGGUUGAGGCAGCGAUUAACCAAAGAUUUUUUUGAACACAUACAGAUUGAGCUUGCAAACCUGCGGUUUGCAGUUGUUAAAACUAAGGAAAUGGAGGAUAGGGUAAUAGAGUUGGAGGCCAUACAGAAGGUUUUGCUCGAAGGAACAGAAGCCUACGAUAAAAUGGAAGGGGACCUGGUGUUAGCAAAGGAAAGGCUUAUGAAAAUAUUGCAGUCAAAAGAUAGGAAUUCAACUUUACUGGAAAUGGUUGAGCGGAAUGAGUUGAGUAGGUCUGUGUUGGCUCUUCUUGAUGAGAACAUUGCUGGUGCCUUGAAAAAGGAUCAGGUUUUGAGAUAGUCCUCCUUCCGGAUUGACGUCGACUAUCUGUAUCUAGCGCCUUGAUUCUGAAGCAUACUCCAUCUUUGAAGUGAAUGGAGAGAGCAGUGCUUCCCGUUCUUUUAGCAAGACUUCUAUAAGAACAUCUUUCUUAGACCGGAGAAGGGCUUGGUCUAAGUACUUGUCAAAUGCUAUUCAUCACAUUAGUUACAGUUUUUAUUAUUUUAUUCUCAAACUCUUCCGAUAAUACUUUCAUCCUCAUAUUUUUCUUUAAAGCCUUGAUAGAAACCAUUUUUAAUGCAUUUGUGGUUUAUAAAGUAACAAUAUCUUAAAGAUUUGCUUUCCAUCUCACAAUGAUCAUAUAUAUAUAUAUAUUGAGAAAAUAUAACUAGUCAAUAAUCUCCUUUUGUUAGAACUAGAAUGAGGAAGAAGAACUUGUUCUUCUUGAUCUUGAAUGAGAGAAAGAGAGAGGGAGAGAUAUAUAAUUUGGAGGGAAUACAACUAAAGCUUUAGUUUUAUUUCCUCCAAAUUAUGUGAAUUCCCUCUCCUCCCCUCACCUCUCUCUAUUGCAAGAAGAGCUCAAUAUGAGCUCUCAAGAAUCUUUCUCUAGUCCUAACAAAUGGUAUCUAGAUCCCAAACAUAAUUUCAGAUCACAAACUCACAAUUUUUUUUUACUUCAAUUUUAUUUUCUAUAAUUCACACCAACAUCAACGGACAUAUUUAAGUAUUUGAACGUCCAAUUAACAAUCCUCCAAUGAUCUUACUCAAUAUUAGCUAUGAAUCUAUAUAUCAUAUUUGUUACAUGUACACUAUCAGGUUUAGUACAAAUCAUAGAGUGAAUAAAACUAACCGUUAUACCAGAAUAUGGUAUUUUAUCCAUAUAUUUUUGUUCUUUCAUAGUUGAUGGUUACAAAACUUUAAUCCUCAAUUGAAAUCUGAAAGGAGAUGAAAUUGAUUUAAUUGUGUCAAUUUCAAACUUAUUUAGAACUUUCCUCCAAUUUAUCAUAUUCUUAAUCCUAGUGAGUUUACAAGCCACCUUAUUCUUUAUUAUAAUUUUCCCACCACUGAAUUUAUUCUAUGAAUCAAACUAGUACCUAUUGAGAGUCAUGUGUAAUGUACAACUAAAAUCCAUUAUCUAACCUUCAUUCUUAAAAUAUGUAGUAACGGUCAAAACUUCAUAAUCUUUAUACUCCUCCGACACAAUUAAAACGUCACUAAACUCAUGUCCUUUCUCUUUUAUAUAUCUAUGAUGACAAUUUCUUUUGAAAACCCCUUAUGCAGUAAAAACACUUGAGUUUGUUCUUUGAUUUGGACUUAGAACUGUAGGUUCUCUUAACCUUUUCUAUUUUCUUCCACCCCUCCCCCCAAACAUUUAAACUUCAAGUAACUUUAGAUUCUCUUUUUAUUUAAAUUUGUAUCUCCUUAGUCUUUAAAACUAGCUGAACCUCCUCUAAUGAUAAUGUUUUUCAAGCAUAUUUUAUAGUUACAACAAAAAUGUUUAUGUAACUUUAGGCAAUGAAUUAUGUAUACAAUUAUAGUUUGAUCUCACUGUUCACCUUUAUACCAAGUUUUUCUAAAUCUAUAAUAAUUUUAUUAAAAUAAUUCAUAUUAUCCUCUAUACCUUUUCCAUAUUAUAUCUAAAACCAAACGUUUGACAUUUAUUGUGAAUCCUAUUUUACAAAUUUUUUGUCAUUUUCAUAUUCUCAGCAGUUAUUUCUUUAUAUACCUUAUGAAGAACCUUGUCCUCAAAACAAUACAAACGUAUUAUACGCCAGCUUUAUAAUUUUGGUCUGUGCAUCCACAUCCAAAGAACUUGGCAAGUCUUUUUGCUCCUUCCAAGACUUCUGCAACUGUCGCCUGAACUCGAGUGACCUUCAUACAUUUUUACCAAAUAAAAAAAAAAACGAUCUUAUCAUCCAACCUGUUAAUGUUGACCUUCAAAACCGCCAUUCUAGAUGAACACCUUGUCUUUCAUACCAAUUUUUAAGGAUCUUAAUAUAAACACAACCCUCCUUUAUGUUUAAAUCAAAUAACAAUGAAAACUAUCCAACCACAGACAGACAUAGUUCUAAAACUGAGCUAGUAUUUAAACAGUGCUACACGAAAUUCAAAAAAUUGAACUCAUAACACAAUUCCUACCAUGUGAUUUUAUAUCCAAGAUUGCUUCCAAACAAAUUGAUCCACAAUUAC